AUGGAGACCAGUCUCGGUUUAUUCCCUGGCUCCCAUUUCACUCUUUCUACCUGGUUUAUUCUAUCCUCCUUUUAUCUUUUUCCAAAUUUAAACGCAGAUAUAACUUGCGCACCAUGCGUGUCGCCAAUGCAACUGAAUAACGGAGGGAAUGUGCAUCUGCGCGACCCGCCCGAUAUUGGGACAUAUCCGAGACAGGAUAAAAAGAAACACAAGCUGACCACAGUUCUUUACCCAAAUAGUGGAGUACUCGAUGGACGCGCGGCGGAUGAUUUUCCUGGGUUUGAUAGGGACGUGAACGCGGAGGGGCUUAGCUCUAGUGCACCUGUGGAGAACUUCACCGAGCCAGCUUUGGAUGAAGAAUUGUUUUCGGAUGAAUUUUUGGAAAGUGAAUAUGAGGUCAAUCAAAAGGAUGCCGAGUUAAGGAGAGUCCAAAGAAGCGUUCCGGAGCAACCCGAGUUUAUGGAGAGCGCACGGAGGAGCAGAGAUGCCCGUUCGGAGGAGCAGAGAAAAGGCACCGGUCUGCGCAUGGACGGGCAGAGUAAACGUGCCGAAGUUCGCUGGAACAGGGAUGAUGAUGAUGAUGAUAAUGAUGAUGGCAAAGUAUCGGAUUCAAGAACAGACGAACACAAACUGGUCAGCAGCACUUUUGCGCUGGCUGGAGACUCCGCGCACAACCAUGCAGUCGUUUACUGGUCCGGCAAAAACAGCAGCGUGAUUCUGAUCCUCACCAAGCUGUAUGACUUUCACCUUGGCAGUGUAACAGAAAGCACUCUAUGGAGAUCAACAGAUUAUGGCAGCACCUAUGAGAGACUGAAUGAUAAAGUGGGAGUAAAGACUAUUUUAAGUUACCUCUACGUCUGCCCCACCAACAAGAGAAAGAUAAUGGUGUUGACUGACCCAGAGUUUGAAAGCAGUAUUCUCAUCAGUUCAGAUGAGGGUGCCAGUUACCAGAAAUACCGCUUGAGUUUCUACGUCUUAAGUCUACUUUUCCAUCACACACAAGAGGAUUGGGCAUUGGCCUACAGCCAUGACCAGAAGCUAUACAGCUCGUUUGACUUUGGUCGAAAGUGGCAGCUGGUUCAUGAGCGAGUGACUCCGAACCGCUUCUACUGGUCAGUAACUGGUCUGGACAAGGAGAUGGAUCUAGUGCACAUGGAGGCCCAUACUCCUGAUGGACAUUGCCAGUAUAUGACAUGCAGGGCUCAAGUCUGCUCUGAAUCCAGUAGGACAUAUCCAUUCCCUGGCUUUAUUGAGAGCAACUCACUUGUGGUUCAGGAUGAUUAUAUGUUCGUACAGGUAACGACAACUGGCCAGGCGAGCUACUAUGUGUCCUAUCAAAGGGAACCUUUUGUACGCAUUAAAAUUCCUAAGUACUCCUUACCCAAGGACAUGCAUAUCGUAAGCACAGAUCAGGGGCAGGUUUUCGCCGCCGUCCAGGAGUGGAACCAGAACGACACCUAUAACCUGUACAUAUCUGACACACGUGGCGUGUACUUCACCUUGGCCCUGGAGAACAUCAAGACAAGCCGCGGCCUUGGAGGCAACAGCAUGAUCGACCUUUACGAGGUAGCAGGGAUUGAAGGUAUGCUCAUCGCUAAUAGGAAGGUGGACAACCAGGUGAAGACGUACAUCACUUACAACAAGGGCCGUGACUGGAGGCUUCUGCAGGCACCCACUACGGACCUGGCAGGAAAUCAAAUUCAUUGUGUGCUGCCGUUCUGUUCCCUGCACCUACAACUGCAGAUGUCGGAGAAUCCGUACCUCUCCGGCUCUAUAUUCACUAAGAGCUCGGCACCUGGAGUCAUAGUGGCUACAGGAAAUGUUGGCUCUGAACUGUCUUAUAAUAAUGUGGCGAUGUUCAUUUCAUCAGAUGCAGGAAAUAACUGGAGACAGAUAUUUGAGGAAGAGCACAAUGUCUGGUUUUUGGAAAAAGGUGGAGCUUUGGUUGCAGUCAAGCAGCCCACAAUUCCCACAAGACAUCUUUGGAUGAGCUUUGAUGAAGGCCGUCAGUGGACGCGUCACAGUUUCUCUGCAAUGCCGCUGUUUGUGGAUGGUGUUCUGGUAGAGGCAGGCGCAGAAAACCAGAUCAUGACGUUUUUUGGACACUUCAGCCAUCGGUCUGAAUGGCAGCUGAUCAAAAUUGACUACAAGUCCAUAUUUACAAAAAGGUGCACAGAGGGAGACUACCAAACCUGGCAUCUGCAUAACCAGGGGGAGCCAUGUAUAAUGGGUCAGAAGCAGAUCUACAUGAAGCGUCGUCCAGGUAACUACUGCAUGGUGGGAUGGGACAGCUCCAGAAUCCUGUCUUCAGAACCCUGCACCUGCAGAGCACAUGACUUUGAGUGUGAUUAUGGUUUUGAGAGAAGAGGGGACGGAAACUGUCUGCCUGCAUUUUGGUUCAACCCCUCCAUGGUGUCUCGAAGUUGCAGCCAAGGACAAAACUACCUCAACAGCACAGGGUAUCGUAAAGUGGCAGCAAACAACUGCACCAAAGGAGUUAAAGAGAUGUAUAUGGCCAGAAAGCAGCAGUGUCCGAAUCGCCCACCGCGAGGUUUAGUCCUGAUGACUCGUGACGACAAACUCACCGCCAAACUGGGCAGCAAUGUCACCUUUCUGGUCCGACUAGAAGAGGGUGACUCCAUAAGGAUGAACAUUCAGCUGGACUUUGGAGACGGCACGGCGGUUUCCUACUCAAAUCUGAGCUGGACGCAGGAGGGCAUCAGACAUGUGUACCACAGUGCUGGUAUAUUCAGAGUAACAGCGCUGGCAGAAAACAACCUUGGGUUCGACAUGUCAUCAUUAUACCUGCAUGUGACAUGCCCAGUGGAGCAUAUUCAGCUUAUGGCACCAUAUGUGGUUAUUAAGAAUAAGGAGGUGAACCUGACAGCAGUGGUCUGGCCCUCUCACUUCAGAACGCUCACCUAUUUCUGGUGGCUGGGGAACAACACGGAGCCGAUUAUUACACUAGAAAGCAGCAUCUCCUACACGUUCAACACUGAGGGUAUGAUCACCGUGACAGUUCAGGUCUCAUCAAGUGACUCCAUACUACAGGACACCAGAACCAUUGCAGUACAAGAAUUCUUCAAAUCGCUUCUUUUAUCUUUCUCUCCUAAUCUGGACGAGGCUAACCCCGACAUCCCUGAAUGGAGACAGGAUGUAGGUCGGGUAAUUAAGAAGGCUGUUCUCCAAGUUGCUGACGUUCCGGAGGAACAGCUGCUGGUUGCCGUGUUUCCUGGAAUUCCGACUGCUGCCGAACUCUUCUUGCUUCCUCCUAGGAACCAAUCAGAUGGGAGGAAAAGGAGUGAGGAGGAUCUGGAGCAGAUUUCAGAAAUCCUGGUCACUGCCUUGAAUCAGAUCUCAGUGGAGUUUGAGUUAAAACCAGGCUCUCGGGUCAUCGUUUACAUCACACAAUUAACUUUAGCUCCUCUGGUUGACUCCAUCCCAAGACACAGCAGUUCUGCUAUGCUGAUGCUUCUAUCGGUUGUGUUUUUGGGUUUAGCUGUAUUCCUCAUCUACAAAUUUAAGAGAAAAAUCCCCUGGAUUAACAUCUAUGCGGAGGUGAACCAUGAGAAAGAGCAGGAGAUGAUCAGUACGGUUGGGCAAAACAACACCACACCCAAAAUCACCCUGAGUGAGUUCUCCACCCAGAAAGAGCUGAUGGAGAAAGAGCUGGAAGCCCGCGCCAAACGAGGAGUAAUCAACACCUGUGAAAGCACAAGGGAGAUCCCAAACUGUACGAGUGUCUGAAAAAGUCCGGAAAUUGAGGAGGUGUAAUGUAAUAAUGUGUACAGAAGUAUCACAAUUUUAAAGAUUGACAGUUUUUCUUUUGAUUAUUUGUAAUUUCAAAACACUGUCAUUGUUAAUAGUUUUCUAAGGAGCUCAGAUUUGCAUGGGUGUCUUGUUUAAUACAAUCUGUGUGGAACAUUUUUAAUACACUAUCAUGUGCAGAGGUGGGUAGAGUACCCAAAAUGUUUACUUUAGUAAAAGUACUAUUACUUUAAACAAAAAUAUUACUCAAGUAGAAGUAAAUGUAGUAAUGUAAAAACAACUACUCGAGUAAGAGUAGGAAAGUAUCCAAUUAAAAGAAUACUCAAGUAGUAACUAGUUACUUCAUAACAUAAAACAUAAUGGAUGAUUACAUCCCAAUAUCCCAUUACAUAAUACACAUUUAACAACAGAAUAAUAAUAAUUACACUAAAAAUUAUAAUAAUAAUUAUUAUUGUUAUUAAUGAAAAUUGUCAUCAUACACCCUCAUGUUGUUUCAGAAUGUUAGCCUUAUAGUCACCAUUUACUGUCACUGCAUGUUUUUUUCCUCCAUAUUUUAAAAGGGAAUGGUGACUGAGACUGUCAGUCUCUAACAUUAUGUCUAACAUCUUUUCUGGGUUCCACAAAAUACACACAGGUUUGGAACAACGUGAGGGUGGGAAAUUAUGAUAGAACAUUCAUUUAUUGUAUGGUUGAACUAUCACUUUAAGGAUGCUUGUCAGAUUUUUAGGACUGUCUAAGUCCUAAGUCCUGUCGCUUUUUGAAGUCCUGUAUGGAUUCUUAGAUCAGAGUUACAGUAUUUUCAGUGUUGAAAGAAUUUAGAUCAUUAGUUCUGUACAUUAAGGGUAAAUUGCAACUUAUCUCUGUAGUUGGAAGCGUGUUGGGCUUAUUUAAGUUCAGAGCUGAUGAGAAAAUAUCGGCACAUCUGUCAAAUGCAGAAAUGCUGUGCAGGCGCAGACAUAUAGUCAGCUUGUGAUCCAGAAUGUUUACAUAACUUUUACAUGGGAGAACACAGAUGUUUACAUGGAUUUAGGAACUGAUAUAUUGCAACACUGAUAUAAAAAUGUAUACUUAUAUACUGAGGUUCCAAAAUCACCCUGAAAAUGACAAUGACACAGACAAGCCCACCUUAUUAUAAUUGCCAAAAUUUACCACGCUGCAAUUAUAAUCUUGAAAUAUCCGCUUGUCCUGGUUUAAAAUGAAGGCACUGCAUGACUGCUCUUUUUCAUGGUGUGUAGCUAAGAAAGUGUUUAUUUGGCGCGCUUGUUGCUGCUGCUGUGGUGGACUCGACUCAAGUGACAGAGUGCAGCUGUAAAGUCCCAUUCAAAAAUCUCUCAAUAAAUGACCUAUUUAUUUACACUUAUUAAAUUAAAACCAGGUAUGUAACAACAGGAAUGUCGGCCAUUGUAACAAAGUAAAAGUUUAUUUUUUCUUCAUUAGAAAUUUACUUAAGAGUGAAAAUUACCCACCAUUAAAUAUACUCGUAAAAGUCCUUUUUUUAUUAUGUUUUUAAAGUUACUCAAGUAAAUGUAUCGUGUUACUACCCACCUCUGACCACAUGCCAUUGAUUAUAAUAGAAACAUGUUUAGUAAAUCUGAAAAUGAACCCAUUUUCAAAAUCUAAUAUUUUUAAAAAUUGAAAAAUGAAUAUUACAGACUUAUUAGCAUAAUGGACAGUGUCAUAAAAAUCCACAUUACCACCAUUAUUUCACCCCAGUUCACUGGUUAAGGUCAUGCUAGCUUUUGUCAAAGUUUUUCUAAUUUUUUUCUUGUUGAAAGUGACUUUUAGUGUCAAAGGUUUGUGACUGUUGAUUCACAAUGACAUGCCAAUCUGCUUAGUUUGGGCUUUUUUUUUUUUUGUUACCAAAACCGUUGAAACAGAUUUUCACACAUUGUGAAGAGUGAAAGUAAUGACUAUAUUGAUUUUAUUUUUUAUUUUAUUUAUAUGUUCAUACGAUUAUCUAAUUUCAAUAUUUGUUAUAACUUGAAUUGAGGGAGCAAAAUCACAUAUGCAAAAGAGUGUUAAUAGUCCUCUCAGUAGUACACAUUUGCCUUGAUAUAAGCAAUCCUGCUCUGCAGUCUUUUAAAUUUGCAGUUGCUUAAUUAUUCCAACAUUUAAUUAUACAUUUACAGUACAUAUCUGGCCUUUAUCUAAAGGCAUAUAGAUAUUAACUAAAAUGUGAAUUUCCAAUCAGGAAGGGAAAUAACCUCCCAAAAGCACUGUGAAAAAAAAAAAAAGUAAAAUUUUGGUGGCAAGGUUUUUAUACUUAAAAAUAUAGCUAGGUUAACAAUUACAAGGCGAUUUGUGUAGCCCAGAUGAACUACUCAACUGAGAAUGUUUCAUGGAAUAAACCCUUGAUUACAUGCAUAAACAAAAUGCAGGUUGUGGCUUGAAGGGCAAAUGGUACAAAAGCUUAACUUUAAAUAUAACAUACCUCCAGCUAAAGGUAAGUUCCAGUAAGCUCCUCUUACACAGUUUUUAAUGUCUGUGUGCAUUCCAUGAAGUUAUUUUACAUUCAACUUGAUCUUUGGGUUUGUUUUUGUACAUAGAUAAAAUGGCUUAUAGAAUCAUGUUGCUUCAUAUGUGAAUGCCUUACAAAUAAGAAUGCCUUUUUGUAAUAAUGUGUUUUCAUUAUAAUGUCUGGCCAUCUGAAAUUGAAAUUGAAUUUAUAAUGGCUGUUAUCAAGUGAUG